UUUUUUUUUUUCUUUUUCUUUUUUGGAGAAGGAGAAGAAGCUGUGGCUCCACUCUCAAAAGUGAGAAUUGUCCUGCUGGGUUGGAGUCUGUCUGGGAAGAGUUCAACCGGAAACACCAUCUUCAAUCAUGAAAUAUUUCCAAUAGGAAAAGCACAAAAUGGCACAAACCACACAGGUGAUGUAAAUGGCAGAAAAAUAACUGUGCUGAACACCCCAAGCUGGUGGAAAUAUUUCUCAUCUAAAUUCAACCCAAAGUUUGCUCAGGCCGCAAUCCUGGAGAGCAUCGACCAAUCACAACAUAUGCAAUUCCCUCACGCCAUGAUCUUGGUCUAAAAUCUAAGAUGGCGCCGAGGUAUGGCGCCGUAGCAAGAGCUCUUUUGUGCGCUGUUUGUUUUUUAUUUGUUUUUGUCUUUAAUGCACUUGCCACUUUAAGCUAUGGCCGCGAGACAUUAUUGAAGAUUCGUGAGGAAGGUUGUGGAUUGUCAUUCGUCAAUACUGGUUUAAGGUGUGCUGAUUUCGAUGUGUGCCCCACUCGAGGCAAGCGAGGCCAGGAGUCGGGCCGUGGAGGUCGGGAGCAGAGAGAAAGGACUGGGCGGAGGUAUCGCUACACAUGCCGAACAUUUGAACCCCUGAGCGAGGACAUUACAUGUUACCAGCGGAAGAAGCGCAGACACCGAGGGAAGCGAGGAGGGUUGCUUGUGAGACUGCGCAGCGGCCGGUCGAGGAUCCCGCUGCCGGCCAUCUACCUGGCGAAUGUUCAGUCACUGCCAAAUAAGGUGGACGACCUGCUGAGUCGUAUUAAGGCCCAGCGUGAGGCCCGGGACUGCUCCGUGUUUUGCCUGACAGAGACUUGGUUACACAGCGGCGUGCCGGAUUCUUCUCUCCAGCCGCCGGGCUUCUCUGUACACCGCUUGGACAGGGUGAAGGAGCGCACCGGGAAAUCGAAGGGUGGAGACUGAACAGAAAAGAAUCAUUGAAGAGUAUAUGGCCAUUCUUGGAGAAGACGUCUGGAGACACACCAUAGUUCUGUUCACAUGGAAAGACAGGAUUCCAGAUGUUUCAAUCGAGCAGCACAUUGAGAGUGAAGGUGACGCCCUCCAGUGGCUGAUUGAGAAAUGCAGGAACAGAUAUCACAUCUUUGACAACUCAGACAAGAAGAACAGAGCUCAAGUCACAGAGCUGCUCCAGAAGAUCGAUGAGAUGGUGACAGAAAACAGUCUGUUCUGUCUUAAAACUCAAUGUGCUGCAGAAGUGAAUGUCCACGAGACGGAUACACAACAAGACGAGGAAAGAAAUCUGAACACUGACCAGUUACUGAAACUUAUGUACCAGGAGAUGAAAAACAGGCGUAAAGAGAUAAUAAGGAAGCUAGAAGAAUUAGGGAUGGACUUCAGUGGAUGUAUAGCAGAUGAUAUUAGCAUAGAACAACCUCCAGAUGUGUCGGGUGAUGACAAACUCACAGAGAAGAUAAGGAGAGAAGUAAGAAGAUGGGAAGCAAUUAUAAUGGAUGGGAUGCUGAACAUUCAGAAUCCUGAAGCAUCAUAUGGUGAAAUGAUUCAGAGUACAAAUGCGAUGGUGUUGAAAUGGCUUCAGAAAUGUGAGGAAUACAGCACAUCUAAAACAUCAGCAUAUGAAACCAGCUCAGAACACAGUGAUCUAGUAGAAGAUCCACAGAAUCCAGAGACGUCAGACAAUACAUCCAAACUUCAAAUGAUGCAUGCCUAAAAACCAGUUUGCAUUGGUUUUUAAACCAAUUUAUUUGUUAAAUAGGUUGUGUUUUUAUUUAUUAAUAUGUUUGUGUAUUUCGAAUUAAAAUCUGAUAUUGUUGUAUAAUAUCAAUAUAUAUAUUUAUUGUUUACUACACAUUAUAAAUGUUUAUAAUAAUAUAAAGCAAUUAUUGCUUAUAUAAUGUAUCAGCAAAGUACGGUUUUAAUGUCUGUACAAUUUAUUAACUUUUUACAUA